AGGGCAGUGGGCUUAGCUCCAGCAGGGAUAGAUCCAGACAAACAAGUGUGUGUCUAGAUAAGUCAAAGAGAAUACCUUAAUGAAAUCCCAUAGAGCAUAGAGCUGUAGGGUAAACACUAAACAGACAAUACAGCAUCUAUCUUUACACUCCAUCUCACCCUGUUUCUGUUAUUGUUAUUGUGUGUUCAUUGAUUUACUUUUGAAUACCUUUCAGAAAAUUAGCUCUGAGGUACCACCCGGACAAGAACCCUGACAACCCAGAGACAGCAGAGAAAUUCAAGGAGCUCAACAGCGCUAAUUCCAUUCUGUCAGACAUCACCAAGAGAAACAUCUAUGACAGCUACGGCUCCCUUGGCCUUUAUGUGGCCCAGCAGUUUGGAGAGGAGAAUGUCAACACCUACUUCAUGCUCUCUACCUGGUGGGCUAAGGUGAGCUUUCACAAUUAUCCGGAAUCCCUGGAUGAUUUUAUUAUGAAUGGAGGUGAAAGAUUGGUGCGAGCUACUGAGUUUGUGUUUGAGUGUGUCUGUGUGCAUGUUUAUAUGUUUAUAUCUGCCUUGGGAAAGUAUUCAGACCCCUUGACUUUUUCCACAUUUUGUUACGUUACAGCCUUAUUCUAAAAUUGAUUAAAUAAAUAAAAUCCUCAGCAAUCUACACACAAUACCCCAUAAUGACAAAGCAAAAACAGGUUUUCAGAUUUUUUUGCAAAUGUAUCAAAAUUGAAAAACAGAAAUACCUUAUUUACAUAAGUAUUCAGACCCUUUGCUAUGAGACUCGAAACUGAGCUCAGGUGCAUCCUGUUUCCAUUGAUCAUCCUUGAGAUGUUUCUACAACUUGAUUGGAGUCCACCUGUGGUAAAUACAAUUGAUUGGACAUGAUUUGGCAAGGCACACACCUGUCUAUAUAAGGUCCCACAGUUGACAAUGCAUGUCAGAGCAAAAACCAUGCCAUGAGGUCGAAAGAAUUGUCCGUAGAGCUCCGAGUCAGGAUUGUGUUGAGGCACAGAUCUGGGGAAGGGUAGCAAAAACUUUCUGCAGCAUUGAAGAUCUCCAAGAACACAGUGGCCUCCAUCCUAGAGCUGGCCGCCCGGCCAAACUGAGCAAUCAGGGGAGAAGGGCCUUGGUCAGGGAGGUGACCAAGAACCCGAUGGUCACUCUGACAGAGCUCUAGAGUUCCUCUGUGGAGAUGGGAGAACCUUCCAGAAGGACAACCAUCUCUGCAGCACUCCAUCAAUCAGGCCUUUAUGGUAGAGUGGCCAGUGGAAGCCGUUCCUCAAGAAAAUGCACGACAGCCGGCUUGGAGUUUGCCAAAAGGCACCUAAAGGACUCUCAGACCAUGAUAAACAAGAUUCUCUGGUCUGAUGAAACCAAGAUUGAACUCUUUGGCCUGAAUGCCAAGCGUCACGUCUGGAGGAAACCUUGCACCAUCCCUACGGUGAAGCAUGGUGGUGGCAGCACCAUGCUGUGGGGAUAUUUUUCAGUGGCAGGACCUGGGAGACUAGUCAGGAUCGAGGCAAAGAUGAACAGAGCAAAGUACAGAGAGAUCCUUGAUGAAAACCUGCUCAAGAGUGCUCAGGACCUCAGGACCAACAGGACAUUGACCCUAAGCCCACAGCCAAGACAACGCAGGAGUGGCUUCGGGACAAGUCUCUGAAUGUCCUUGAGUGGCACAGCCAGAGCCCGGACUUGAACCCGAUCGAACAUCUCUGGAGAGACCUGAAAAUAGCUGUUUAGCAAUGCUCCCCAUCCAACCUGACAGAGCUUGAGAGGAUCUGCAGAGAAGAAUGGGAGAAGCUCCCCAAAUACAGGUGUUCCUAGCUUGUAGCAUCAUACCCAAGAAGACUCGAUGCUGUAAUCGCUGCCAAAGGUGCUUCAGCAAAGUACUGAGUAAAGGGUUUGAACACUUAUGCAAAUGUAGAUUUCAGUUUUUUAUUUGUUAUAAAUUAGCACAAAAAACAAUUUCAUCAAUUUUAGAAUAAGGCCGUAACGUGACAAAAUGUGGAAAAAGUCAAUGGGUCUGAAUACUUUCCGAAGGCAUUGUAUAUCUCUCUCCUGUCAGGGUCUCUUUGCCCUGUGUGGCGUGACAACAGGGUGCUACUGCUGCUGCUGCCUGUGCUGCUGCUGUAACUGCUGCUGUGGGAAGCUGAAGCCCAUGCACCCUGGAGAGGGAACAGAUAGCUAUGUCUCCCCUGAAGACCUGGAGGAGGAGAUCCGCCACGACAAGGAGACUGGUGAGGGGACACAGUUAGUGAGGGCAGACACAUACAGUAUACAGACACACACAUACACACACACACAUACACAUACACACACACACACACACACACACACACACACAUACACAUACACACACACACACACACACACACACACACACACACACACACACACACACACAUACACAUGCAAGCACGCAUGCACUCACACAUGCACACACACACACACACACACACACACACACACAAACACACACACACAAGCUCACACAAGCAUUUCACACUUGAGAAGGGCAAGAGGGAAAGGGAACAACAACUGACAUAGCCAAAGUUGAAUGCUCGCAAGCACCAGCAGAAAGAUGUUCAUGUCAUACCACUAACAGCCUUCACAAGAAGGAACUGAUGACCAAUGUCCACAUGGAAAGGUGAACAUGGAGGGAGGUGAAAGCUCAUGACUACUUUUCACCAGUGGAGGCUUGUGAGAGGAGUUAUAGGAGGACGGGCUCAUUUUAAUGGUUGGAAUGAAAUAAAUGGAACGGAGUCAAACGUGGUUUCCAUAUGUUUGAUGUGUUUGAUACUGUUCCAUUCAUUUCAUUCCAGCCAUUACAAUGAGCCUGUCCUCCUAUAGCUCCUCCCACCAGCCUCCACUGCGGGGGGGAGUAGAUAAAGGGCCUCAUUGCCAAAAUCCGAAGUAUCCCUUUAAGAAACACAUAGGCUGCUAUUUUUCCUACGAGUUCAACAGCACAAUAUUUAUAUAACAUCCAUGUUCGAAAAAAGAUCCCGGCUUACAAAUUGACUUUGUUACUGUGAAUGGUACUUAGAGGUUUAUUACAUGUUUACAAAUGUAUGGGAAUCAGUGUAGCCAGAUAAAUAGCUGAUUGUUUCUGCCAAUGCAUCAAUUAUGAGAAGUUGAGGAGCAAUUAUGUACAAUGAGUUAAUGUCUCUGGAGAUUCAACAACAAGUAGUUGUGAUGGCUUUGUGUUGAUGUGAUACAUCAUCUUUGUGCCAUUCAGAAACAUUUCCUAUAACAUCUUGGUAAAAUAAUAGAGGAACAAAUAAUUUCUAAACAUACCUUUAUGUCCUGCAAACAACAAACAAACUAACUAUACCGUUAAAUAGUGAAAACAAAGUGUAACAUCAAUGAACGGAGUGAGAGAAAAUACAACAAUAAGAUUGACAAAGGUGUCUAUGCUGAUCAUUUGAUAUUGUAGGGAAUGUUAGUGUCAUUAUUCACAAUGUUGUUGUGUAAUCCAGAUGUGGACACUCCGGUUGUGCACCAGCCAACUAAUGCCAGUGAAAAGACACAGUUGAUUGGGGAUGGGCACCGAAGCUACACCUGA